UCUUCUCAUCUGUGGACUUUCUCAUCUGCUGACUGAUAGACUCCCCGCACUCGGACCCCCAGCUGGGGUGACCAGUGGGAAGCUCUAAGGAGGAGGGUCAGGAGUUCAGGGUUCAAGUCCUUGCCCCGCCACAUCUUAGUCAUCCUAGGAAGAUACCAGCCCUCUUUGAGCUUCACUUCUCUCACCUGUGAAAAAUGACAGGGCUAAACCUCUGUCUUGGAGGGUUGAUGUGUGAAUUCUGAGGUUUGGGCUGUGAUAACUCGAGGCAGCUGUGAGGUGUGGGUCCUGCUGGCGAGGAUUAUCGCCCAUCGAGGAAACUGGUUUGGAAGGGGUUAAGUGGAGACCCUGCCUCCCAGGCAGGAGCGAAUCAGGGCUGGCAGGGGAGGAGCUAGCUGGGAAAGAGAUCCCGGCCGGCCAGACGCUGCCCUGAGAGGGAACGGGAGAAGACUCCGGCAGGGCUGGGGGGACAUGGGACAGGGGCUUGGGACAGGGUCCCCUGGCGUCUGCACCGUGAUAGCUCCAAGUCAGAGGGUGCAGGACCAGCUGCUAGGGGUGGGGGAGGAGGGGCCAAGCUGCCUGAGCCCGGGGACAGCGGCAGGGUGGGAGAGGACUAGGACCCAGAGCUCUCCCAGCCCCCCAGGCAGGGGGCUCCGGCUGCACCCAGGCCUUGACCUCAGCUGACCACGAUAGCCCCUAUGGGGGGCGAGGUCUAAUUUUAGCUCCAGCUGCAGGGCCCACAGCCCAGGAGUGCCUGCCAGUGGGCACAGGAGCGGCCAGGGCUACUAGGGGGCUGCUCAGGCAAGGGGAGGAUUGGGGAGGUCAGCCCCGCUUCUGUCCAGCCCUGCACCCUGGCCAAGCCACCUCCUGUGAGAGCCCUGACGGGUCCCCCAUGGCCUGGCAGACUGCCAAGGCCUCCGCGGAGGCCAAGGUCAGGGGGUGCAGCCAGGAGGGCAGAAGGACGUGGCCUUGCAGUGUGGUCAGGGGAUUGCAUCAGCCUGAGCAGUGCCCAGGGGCAGGGGGCCCUGCUGGGGGGGCAAAGCCUGGCUUGGUUGUCCAAAGGCCAAGGAAGCAGAUUCCUGACUGCAAGAAGGCAAGGCCACAAAGCUGGCUCCUACCUGGCCUUCUGGUGCCUGGCUGGUGACUUGAGGUUCGACCUUACCCAGGCAGCCUGUUCUCCAUGGGCUUCAGUCUUCCCAUCUGUAUAAUGAAGGCGCUGAACUAGAAGGCUGAUUCCAGCUCCAGCGACUCACCCUCAAGCCCCUGCUCCUCCUGCUUCCCCCAGCCCCGGCUGCGGGUGGCCACAUGCAGUCGUGGAGAAGAAAGUCCCUCUGGCUGGCACUGUCGGCCUCUUGGCUCCUCGUCCUUCUGAGAGUCUUCCCCCUUCUCCGCCUGGCAGUGCCUACCAGACCCUGGGCAGGUGCCCCCCAAGGCUGGCCCCGCUGGCUGGAUGCGGAGCUCCUGCCGCAUUUCUCCCAGCCAGGGGAGCUCCCAAAAGAUGACCUUCAACCUCCUCGAGGCCCCCGUGGUGGCAGCUGCGACUGGGGAUCUUGCUUUGAUGUCUCCAAGUGCAGGGGUGGUCGUCUCAAGGUGUUCGUGCAACCGGUGGCUGGACCGAUCUCUGACGCUCACCGCGGGAUCCUGGCUUCCAUUGAGAGCUCCCGCUACCACUCCGUCAGCCCUGAUGAGGCCUGCCUCCUCCUCGGCCUGGAAGCCCCCGCUGGAGAGUGCAGCCCGGUGCCCCCGCAAUGGAAUGGGGGAAGGAACCAUCUGGUCCUCAGUCUCCACCCAGCCUUCUGCCCCCAGACCUUCCAGCUGGGACAGGCGAUGGUGGCCAAGGCCGGCCCCACGGUGGACACCUUCCGGCCUGGCUUUGACGUGGCCCUCCCGCUUCUUCCCGAAGCCCACCCAUUGCGAGGUGGGGCACCUGGCCAGCUGGGACAGCACAGCCCCCACCCUGGGGUGCCCCUGCUAGCCCUGGCAGAGGAGAGGGGCGGGUGGCGCACAGCAGGCGCUGACUCGUCUGCCUGCCCCUGGGAUGGGCGCUGUGAGCAGGACCGUGGACCCGAGCAGACCCACCCGGGGGCAACGCUACCCAAUGCCACCUUCUGCCUCAUCCCCGGCCACGGUCCUGAUGCCUUGCACUUCCUCCAAGCCCUGCAGGCUGGCUGCAUCCCUGUGCUUCUCAGCCCUCGGUGGGAGCUGCCCUUCUCCGAGGUCAUCGAUUGGACCAAGGCGGCCAUCGUAGCUGACGAGAGGCUCCUGUUUCAGGUCCUCACUGCCCUCCAGGAGAUGCCCCCCACGCGGGUCCUUGCCCUGCGUCAGCAGACCCAGUUUCUAUGGGAUGCCUACUUCUCCUCCGUGGAGAAGGUCAUCCAUACCACUCUGGAGAUAAUUCAGGACCGGAUCUUUGGAGCAUCCGCUCACCCAUCACUCUUGUGGAACAGCCCCCCAGGCGCCCUCCUGGCCCUGCCCACGUUUUCCACAAGCCCCUUGGACUUCCCCUUCUACCACCUACAACGGGGCUCUCGGCCUACAGGCAGGUUCAGCGCCCUGAUCUGGGUGGGGGACCCAGGCCAGCCCCCGCUGAAUCUCAUCCAGGCGGUGGCAGGCUCCCAGCACUGUGCCCAGAUCUUGGUUCUCUGGAGCAGUGAGAAGCCACCCCCACUCAGGUGGCCCAAGACAGCAGUGCCCUUGACGGUCCUGGCCGGGCAGAGGAAGGCCAGCGACCGCUUCCUGCCGCACACAGCCAUCAGCACUGAUGCCAUCCUCAGCCUCGACGCGCACAGCAGUCUUACCACAAGUGAGGUGGACUUUGCUUUUGUGGUGUGGCAGAGCUUCCCUGAGCGGAUGGUGGGCUUCCUGACAUGGAGCCACUUCUGGGAUGAGGCCCGGGGUGGCUGGGGCUACACUGCGGAGAGGGCCAACGAGUUCUCCAUGGUUCUCACAUCAGCUGCCUUCUACCACAGGUAUUACCACACCCUUCUCACCCACUCCCUGCCCGAGGCUCUGAGAACCCUGGCAGAUGAAGCUCCCACCUGUGCGGACAUCCUGAUGAACUUCCUAGUAGCAGCUGUCACCAAGCUGCCCCCGAUCAAGGUGCCUUAUGGGAGGCAGCAUCUGGAGGCCAGACCUCCCCUGACUCCUGGGGGCCCGGAGUCGCAGCCACCGGCCCAGGACUGCAUCAAUCAGAUGGCGGCGGAGUUUGGCUCCAUGCCCCUGGUUUCUUCUCGCCUCCGUCUGGACCCAGUACUCUUCAAGGACCCGGUGUCUGUGCUACGCAAGAAGUACCGCAGCCUGGAGAAGCCCUAGGAGACCAGCAGAGCCCCCGCCCUGCUCCUGGGGGCACUUCAAGGGAGGGGGUGGGAGGGCUCAGCCCCCUCCCUUAGGACACCUGGAGACCCAAUCAAGGCUGCCAGUUAGCCAACACAUCAGAUCCCUAUUAGCCAAUCAGCCCAGUGCCCCGAGGCGCGGGGCCUCGCCCCACCCUCGGGUCCAGCCGCUAGUGGCAGGUCGCAGGUGCCCGGCGCUUACUCUGCGACUGUGCCCUCACCCGUCGCUGAUCCUUUGCCUGGAAUUCCUUUCUCAGCUUCUCUGCGGGAGCUGACUUCUACUUGUCUUUCAGAUCUCCGCCUCCCCCACGGACUUGCCUGACCCCCAUCCCUGACCCAGAUCCUCUGCGCUUUCACAGCCACGUCUUUCCCACACUGUCCUGUUGCUUUGCAAGGUACACAGUCAGGCCCCAGGGCCAGCCUGGAAGCCCCGGGAGGGCAGAGCCACGUCCUCUUCUCUCUGGCCCAGCAGGUGCUUCACAAGUAUUUGACGAACAGAAGACAUCAACUGCGUGCCCGGCCCUGUGCCAUAGUCGGGAGUGUGGACAGUGUGCCAAGUGAGACAAAACUCCGUCCUCCCUCACCCUCCAGAGUUUCUAGUCCGCCAGUAAGGCAGCUACCUGCAGAUGCCUGGGUUGCCAGGCCCGAUCUUCGCACAAAGAGGCACGGAGAAACCAGCUUCGGGACUUCCUUCCCUACCUGGCGCGCGAGCCGUGGGGCCGGGGGAGAAAGAGGAUAGCAAGGGGUCCGUGCCAGCCCAGCCCAGCCCAGGGCUCUGUACUACAGGCCGCGACCACUAGAUGUCAGCGCUGCACCACACUCCCUCUUCCCGUAAAGUGACCUGAGUUCUAAAUGCCCCUUCGGUCGGUGUGUGGGGAGGGGGGGGACCGGGCAAGGGGAUGUGGAGUGUUGGCAGGGUGCAGCCUGAGGUCUAAAAACUGGGGGGAGGAACUUGAAAGAACAGCCCCACUCCUUUAGCCCACAUACUCAGGACUAAGAAGCUAUUUCUAGGUGGGCUGGGUGGGAAAUGGGGUUGUCUGGAGCCCCUGGCCAUGACAGUGGAGUGGGGGAAAGGCUGCUGGGUUCUCCAGGGUUCAUCCACCUGGAACUGGAAUUAUCACUUCCGAAAUAAAUCGCGUGUCCUUGCCCCCUCAUGCUCGGGCUAUAAAUACCCCUACAGCAGCUGCGUGGGGGAGGGGGAACUCAGGGCUUGGGGAGGAAUGGGGUGACCCUAGAGAGGUGGGGGUGAUGGGUCCAGCCCAGGUCCAGGGUGUCAGGUGUUUUCCUGCUUUGAUGGCCUCGUGGCUUUGGAAACUCUCGUGACUAGCUCACCCUGGCCGGCCAGAACAUGCUGUCCCCCAGGGCUUCUCCAAGGCCGCCCACCCCCACCCUCCAGCUUGACCUCUGGCCCCUGGAUGACUCAGGUCCUCCCUGGAACCAGUCACAACUGGGGUGCAGAGAGGGCCCUCCCUUGGGAGGCAUGGGGCUGCUAGAUUAUUGAGGCGAAGGGGGACCUGGGCGUUAAAGAGGACGGAAGGCAUUCUGGCCCAGGGUCAAGAACAGUUGAAGGUGGGUGAGGAAGCACACAGCUGUGGC